AGGUCAAUGCUCGAAAAGACCACUCGGGGCGGUUAGCGAUUGGAUGAGACGACCUCAUUUUCGAACUGCUGCUGGGCCGGAUGCAAACAUGAAAAGAAAAGAUCCUGCAUUUGAAGAAUUGAUUAUAGAAUAAACGUGUGUUGUUCCGUGGUAAUCCGGAGGAGUCGCAGAUAUUGAGAAAGAAGGCGGUUAGAUGACGCAUCUCCCACGAUGUAACUGUACUCGUACAGCGUACCAGCUGUCAUAGAGACAAAGAACGAGACUAAAAAGGAAUUUCUUCGAAAGGAUAGUCAUAUUAAUCUGAGAUGAAUGCAGCUAGCGCAGCGAGGAUGCGGGUUUCAGCGAAAGCCAGGAUGUUUUUCCUUUCUUCGACAGCGCCAUCUGUGCGCCAGUCGACAAAGCUAGCACAUAGUUACUCAAGUAGGAAAGUUGCAUCUUUAGUUGCAGUGAAGGCGAUUCAGUUUAUCGAUUUAAACGAUCCCAUUGCUGCGAGUCUGGUUUGGAAAAAGAAAAGAGGCAGCAAAAAAAUGGUGGUGGUGGUGGUAGUGGUGGCUAGUAUCAUUGAGAGAGGAUAUGAGAGAAGUCCCGGUAAUAACAACACCGCUACUAAAGGAUUUGGAGCUGCAGUGGUUAGCCUACAGAGCCGUACUACUUUUGCCAUCUUGGGUCCUUCUGGUGAAAUCGACUGGCUGUCACAAAUACUGAAAUGGCAUCUCUCGGACCAACUGUUCAUUCACGGGCUUAUUUAUGAUCCUGGUACGCCCCUCAAUAUUACCGAGUACGCCCUUUUGACAAGGGUGGGAUGUCACCAAGGACCAAUGAUAGAGGUCUCAAAAUUGGUUUUGGUUGACUCUCUGCAUGGGAUUUAUCAUCUUCUACGUGCCUUGAGGUCCAGUCCUUGUGAGGCCUACAAGUUACGCCGCGCUCAUCUCCGGAAAUGCAAAAAAUACGAGGUACUACUCUGCACAAGAAUACUUUUUGCCCCAGCCUCCUGGACGAUCGUGAUCACACACGUCGUUUGUCCGCUUGUCGCCGGUCUGCGUUUGACUGUCCCGUCGGAAAAGUACGGAAUACGAAAUACAUGAUUAAUCCCGCUUCCCACGGAGUACAGAAGCACCGCGGAAGAAAAAAAAAAUUUUUUUAAUAAAAAAUUAGAGAGGCCACCUGAGGGGAUCGUCUGCGCUACUACUCCGUACAGUAGCAUCGUACGGAGCGUAUCAGAUUCAACAAGGGUCGAAGAACUUCCCAUUUACUUGGUGCUCAAGCUCUCCAUCUUCCACUGCACAGCAAACUUGUCCAUGGUUCAGUUUAAUGCUUACUCUUCC